UCGUCACAUCAAUCAAAGUAAACAAUUCGAUACAGUAAAACAGCAUGAACGACAGAUAGGCGUAAAAUCCAUGAGGUGUAGGAGUUCUCAAGAAUCGGCGAGGGUCUAAUAUUGGGAAUGUCCAGACGGGUUUUUGGCCUCAGUAUAAAAUCAUUCCGAUUGUUCCGAAGAACUCCGAUCAAUCCCCCACCAUUCCAGCAUUAUUCUGGUGGUGCCUUUCGAACAUCCUUUAGGAGUUUCUGCGAUUGCCAGGAGCUCCGAAGAAUGGAUCUACCAGAGGGAAUACUGAUGGGCUUUGGCAACCCCCUGCUGGACAUCACCUGCACCGUCGAGGAUAAUGUGAUCCUGGAGAAGUACGGCCUGGAAGCGAAUGCAGCGAUCAUUGCUGAUGAAAAGCACGAUGCCCUGUUCGAUGAGUUGAUGAACAUGGAGAACGUCAUCUAUUCGGCGGGUGGAGCCUGUCAGAACUCGAUGCGAAUCUUCCAGUGGAUCGUGCAGACUCCAUUUCGAGCUGUGUUCAUAGGAUCGGUGGGCAAGGAUAAGCUAGGUGACCGCAUCGAAAAAAGGGCCAGAUCCGAUGGCCUGCUAACACUUUACCAGCUGAAGGAAGAGCUGCCGACAGGCUCUUGUGCGGUGAUCAUCAACGGUCCAAAUCGCUCCUUAGUCGCCAACUUGGGCGCUGCCUCUCUCUUCAGCGACGACUGGAUUGACGAGGAUGAUAACAUCUGCGCCUUGGAUCGUGCCGAGUACUUCUAUUUUACGGGCUUCUUUCUGGCCGUUUGCCCACCUGCCGUGGAGCGGGUGGCUAGGAUGUGCUGCGAGACCAAUCGAAUUAUGAUCCUCAACUUCAGCGCCGUGUUUGUGCUGCAGAUGCAAAAGGAAGCCCUGGGAAAUAUCCUGCAGUACGUGGAUAUAAUCAUCUGCAAUAAGGAAGAGGCCAUUGCAUUUAGCGACACCAACGACUGGAAGACGAAAAAUAUCUUUGAGAUCGGCUCUCGGCUGCAACAAAUGCCCAAGGAAAAUGUCCGACCACGACUAGUAAUGAUUACGGAUGCGGUGUGUCCUGUUCUCGUCUUCCAGGAUAACGAUCGCGUUCUGGAAUACCCCGUUCCACCCGUAAAGCAGGGCGAGAUUUUCGACACCAAUGGUUGUGGCGACGCCUUCGUCGGCGGCUUCCUGGCCAUGUACGUCCAAAGGAUGCCCUUGGAUUACUGCAUCCGAACGGGGAUCUUCGCAUCGCAGCAGGUCCUACAUGUGGUCGGUGUUCAGAUCGAUAAGCUGCCAAAGUUUAGCGAGAAAUGCAUAUGAAGGGUACCAAUACAUAUUGUGUCUUUGCCAAACCUAUCAAGUGACGAGUACCAUUAGGACCUUAAAUAAAAUUUAAAGUUUUUAAUAUUCUAUGA